AUGGAAAGUCUAAACCCAGAGCGUGCAUGCAUUGGUUUUUGUCUGGUGCUAAUAGCUGUGGUUGCUAUUGUCGUUCCACUCGCCGUUAUUCUACCACGCCAAUCUGCACAACAAUCUCCUACAACAUAUUUGACAUCGGACGGACAUCCAUCUUUGAAAGUCAAAGUGACCAGAGAAGGAUUGGAGUUUCUGAAGGAUAUUGGCUUGCCCUUAGCAGUGCAUCAAGUCAAAGAUAUUCCUUUGGAUGACGUUAAGGAAGAUUAUUACAGUCUUUCUAGAUUAAACAUUCUGGAUUUAACUUUGGGAACGAGUAAAAUCACAACUGAAGCGCCGAAAACCAUUCGGCUAACAUUACAAAAUGUUGCCUUAUCAAUAAGCGGUAGAUGGAAAUUCAAAUCACGGUUAUUAAGCAGCCAUGGUGAUAUCGAUGCAAAAGCACGUGGAAUAUCGAUAAACUUGGCAAUAGCUGUAGGUAUGGAUGACAUGGGCAAGCCAACGUUGACGGUUGGGAGUUGCAGUGUGUCUGUGGCAAACCUUUCCCUAAAAAGUAAACAUACUAACAUCGAUCAUUUCUGGGAUAAGGUCUUAAGUAUAUCGGAGAAAACACUUAAAAAGAAUGCCCAAGCAAAAAUUUGUCCGGAAAUUACCGAAAAGAUAAACAAGCAGGCGAAAGACGCUUUUUCGAAACUAAAAGUCGAAUAUCCACUUCUUAAAAACGUUGUUGUCGAUACGACCCUAGCUCAGGUACCAGUUGUUACUUCUCAGUCGGUUGAACUACUUGUCAACGGCCGUUGCUUCCCCCAAAACAACUCAGCCAUUAAGUAUCCCUUCCCCUCAACAGCGAUCACAGUGGCGGCAGGCACAGAUCAAAUGACUGGUGUUGUAAUGGGAGAAUUCUUCUUUCGUAGUCUUGUUUAUUCACUGUGGGUUGAAAACGAAUUGGAUUUAUUGGUCACAAAAGACAUGCUUCCAAAAAAGUACGAAAACAUCACUGCAAACGCCUUUACCAGUUUCGUGCUUGGCUCCAUAAAAUACCAAGAUUGGCCUGUCCAGUUUCGAAUUAAAGUCACAAAACUACCCGACUUCCAUAUUAGAGCGGGAGUGCUUGAAGCUACAGUAGAAUUGGACUUGUUGACUUAUGUCAUUCUGUCAAACAAAACGAUUUUAGCAUUAACCCUGCACGUGGUUACCAAAGGAUCUGGAAAUAUCUCAGUAGACACUUUAAGUAAGUUAACAGCUACUGUGACGAGCAUGUCAGCAACUGUUAGCAUUAAAACUUCAUACCAAUGGGAAUUUUUGAUCGAUCCUUUCAACCUAGUGGUCCCCAAAAUACUUCGUUCAUAUGUCAUUCCAGCCGUUAAUAGAAGAUUGCAACAAGGCUACCCAUUACCAAAAUUUGAAAAUUUCAUACUAGACCCUAAUGUUGGGAUUUCGUACAAGACUCCAAUGUUGAGGCUCAUUGAGGGUGCCUUGGUCGGAAGCUGUGACUGGGAAAUUUCACCGUAAAAUCGAGCAAAGCGUCAGAGAUCGCAGUCUAAAUAUAAAUUUUAAUGAUGUGUAUAUUUUAAAACGUACUGUAUAUAGUUUACCGCU